AUGAGUGCGCCUCAAUGUCACCCCGGUCUCUUCGAAACAGAGAAGGAAUGGGUCGAACAUCAGCCAUUUCUUUUGCAGCAAGGAUAUUUGCUUCGCCCGCGGUACAAUCCUCAAUGGCUGUCACUACACAAGAAUACUAGCAAAUGGAAACGAUGGGGCCUUUUCACUUCUGCAAAAAGUACAAGAGAGGAUGAUGUCCGCACCUUCGUGUACACCGCCAUGGACGCUACUCGUGUAUCAGACAACAAGAAGGUCGUGCUCAAACGCUUUCUUACUACCAACAGCCGCGAAGUAACCAUCCACCGAUACCUGGACUCGCCACAGCUGCGGGUAGACCCCAGAAACCACACCAUCCCACUGCUCGAUGUAAUCGUCAUGCCUGAUACUCCUUGGAGUUUCCUCGUUACCCCCUAUUCGCGCGAAAUCGACUAUCCGCCCUUUCAUUGCCGUCUAGAGUUUGUUGAGUGCAUGACACAGUUUAUAGAAGGCUUGGAGUUCAUGCACGAACAUAACAUUGCGCAUCUGGACAUAGCGCGGAAGAACAUGCUUAUGGAUGAAUCUCGUGUUGUCCCUCAAGGUUCACAUUUUGGUGACUACAGAAGUCAUACGGGUAUCCCUGGAGUAUUCCGUUGGCGAGACCGGUGCUCAGUCGGGCCUGUGCCAUACUACUACAUCGACUUUGGCUUAUCUCACCACUUUCCAAACGGCAAAGACACGGCGAGCGUCAAAGGAAAGCUUCGCACAUUUCCAGACAUUCCCGAGCUGUCCGACGAUGUGCCAUACAACCCAUUCCCCGUCGACAUCUACCAGCUUGGUUUGACCAUUCAUAAAAUCAUUUAUUGCUACCCCGACUUGGAAAUCUUCCGUCCAGUGGCUGACGGAAUGACUGUGGCCGACCCCACACUGCGAACAUCACCCACACAGGCUUUAGCAUGUCUCCGUGGGAUUACUGAAGCAAUACCUCCCCAGCAACUGCGCGAACAAAUCUGGGACACCGCCGCCACUCCCAAGCUCAAACGAGACCGCAAAAAGCUGGGCGGGUAUCGCUUUGACUGGAGUUACAUACGCGAUGAUGCCUUAUAUGGAGUGAACCAAUGGGAGUUGCCGUCGUCGACGUUCAUGAAGAAGCGAGAAGAGUCUCUCGGCAGUGCCGAGUAUUUUAAGGACGUGCAAUAG